AUGGGUAAUUGCUUCUCUGGUUCACCGCGUCAACCAGCUUCGUCAUCAGCUACUCGUAAUGAGCGGAAUUCACCAAAAUUUUCAGCUGAUCGCAGUAGUUGUGAGCCAUUGAAGGAGGCGAAUUGUAGCGAAAUACUAACUCCAAGACAAGAAACUCAUGCUUUGCAAGACCCAGUCCCUGGCAAAGAAGUUUUGGUUGCGUUGUAUGCGUAUGAAUCACGAGCAGAUGGCGAUCUUAGUUUCAGGAAAGGAGAUGUCAUGUACUUGUUGGAUCAGAGUAACUCUGAUUGGUGGUACGUUAGACAUGCAAAAGGUGGUACCGGUUAUGUACCUCGAAAUUUUGUUGCAAGACAACAAACGGUUGAAAGCGAAGAGUGGUUUGCUGGUAGGAUUGCACGGAAUCGAGCAGAAAGACUGGUUUUAGCUAGUAAUCUCCCGAAAGGGACGUUUCUUAUUCGUGAACGAGAAGCAGAUACUCGAGAAUAUGCUUUGACAAUUAGGGAUUCGGAUGAUCAACGUGGUGGCACGGUUAAACACUACAAAAUCAAAAGACUGGAUGGCGAUGCAGGUUUUUUCAUAACGACUAGAAGAACUUUCGCUACUCUUCGUGAUCUUGUUAGUUAUUAUUCAGAAGUGGCAGAUGGUCUCUGCUGCCAGCUGUCAUUUCCAGCACCACGUAUUGCUCCUACACGUCCAGACCUUUCUCACGAUACUCAGCAGAACUGGGAAAUCCCUCGAAAUCAACUUCAACUGAAACGAAAAUUAGGUGAUGGUAAUUUUGGUGACGUGUGGUACGGAAAAUGGCGAGGCAUGGUGGAGGUGGCCAUUAAGACAAUGAAACCAGGAACUAUGUCCCCAGAAGCAUUUUUGGGAGAGGCUCAAAUUAUGAAGCAAUGUGAUCAUCCUAAUCUCGUGAAAUUAUACGCUGUUUGCACCAAAGAAGAACCAUUUUAUAUCAUCACAGAGUAUAUGGUGAAUGGAGCAUUACUGCAUUACUUGCGAAAUGAAGGCAGCAGUCUCACUUUGCAAGCGCUUGUGGACAUGUGUGCACAGGUCGCUAAUGGCAUGAUGUAUUUAGAAGAACGAAAAUUAGUACAUCGAGAUCUUGCUGCAAGAAAUGUACUAGUUGGCGACAAAAUUUCUGGUGUGCCUGUUGUGAAGGUUGCUGAUUUUGGAUUAGCACGAAAGUUAAUGGAAGAAGAUAUCUAUGAAGCUAGAACAGGAGCGAAAUUCCCAAUAAAGUGGACUGCGCCGGAAGCAGCGACAUGUGGCAAUUUCACUGUUAAAUCAGAUGUUUGGUCAUACGGAAUCUUAUUGUAUGAAAUCAUCACGAAGGGUCAAGUACCGUAUCCAGGUAUGCAAAAUCGAGAAGUGAUUGAGCAAGUUGAAUUGGGUUAUCGCAUGCCUAUGCCACGAGGAUGUCCUGAGCAAGUAUAUACUGAAGUUAUGCUGAAGUGUUGGGAUAAAGUGCCUGAUCGAAGACCAACAUUUGAUUAUCUUUUCCAUUUCUUCGACGAUUACUUUGUUAGUUCGCAGCCGAGUUAUGUGCCACCAUCUCAGAAUUGA